AUGAAGGCUAUGCUGUGGCUGGUGAGGCUCCAGCUGGAUGGAAAAUAUGGCAACCAAACCUGUGGACUUUGUGGAGAUCCUAUGCAGAAGAGCAUUUUUGAAAACAUGGACAUUCCUCACGCAGAGAUUGAAUAUGGAAACGCUUACAAAGUAGAAGGUCCAAAUGAGGACUGUCCAGAUGUAUUACCAUAUGAGAUGUCAUGUUCUAAUGAAAAUAACGUCAAGUGUGAAAAUGAGCUAAGUCACGAAAAAUUCAGCAGCUGCCAUGAACUAAUUGAAGUUGACCCAUUUAUUCAUGCUUGUGCAUUAGACUUAUGUCAUUCCAAGUCUUGCCCACAGAAUAUGCAAUAUGAAGAGUGUGGCUCCCCCUGCAGCAAUAGUUGCUCUGACCCUGAAAGAGAGAAUAGUUGUGAUGAGCAUUGUAUUGAAGGCUGCUUCUGCCAAGAAGGUUUAAUAUAUGAUGACAUCAGUAGCCAUGACUGUAUAAAGCCUCAGGAAUGCCCCUGUACCUAUAAUGAUAAAAUAUACAGCCCUGGAAAAUCCUAUUCUACUGCUUGUAGAAUCUGCAAAUGCUUCGAGGGGAAAUGGAACUGCACAGCAAAUCCUUGUUCAGCAACCUGCUCAGUUGAGGGAGGUGCCCAUAUUAAUACCUUUGAUCAGCUUCGUUACUCUGUGUAUGGAGACUGUCAAUAUGUCAUUGUCAAGGUAAUCAAACUUGUCUAUUACCCUAAGGACGUUAAUAGCUUCUUCGUUGCUGGAGAAAGAAGCAAGUCCAUCGUCCACGUAGAAGUUCUUCAUGACGAACUGUCUGGCUUCUUGACUAUGUCAUUCACCUUGCUGUGCUGCUCGUUUCAGGUUACAACUGCAUUGGAGCACAUAGAUAACGCCCUCAGUGUGACAACCAAUAAAAUCCCUUAUUUGGUUACAACUGCAUUGGAGCACAUAGAUAACGCCCUCAGUGUGACAACCAAUAAAAUCCCUUAUUUGAAUUCCAGUAAUCUAUACAGUGCCAAAAUACACAAAUCCAAAGACCAACCCCCUGGAAGGCCAAUAGUUAAUGGCAUUGAGUCACUAACAUCUAGAAUGGGCCAAUAUAUUGACUUCUUUAUUCAACCACCAGUACAAAAUACGCGUGCCUAUUUAAAAGACACCAAACACAUUCUACAACUCCUAGACAGUGUCCCUGUGGCAGAAGGCACCACCUUACUUGCCACAGCUGACGUUACGUCACUAUAUACCAUAGUAGGCCAUCAUGAUGCAUGCCAUGCCAUCAAGUGGCUGUUACGCAAAUAUAGCAACAUGAUGUGCAAACAACGUAAGUAUCUGACCAAAUGCUUGGAGUUCUGCCUCAAGUUUAACUAUUUCUGGCAUAACCAGAUCUACUACAAGCAGGCCAUAGGCAUAGCUAUGGGCGCCAAAUUCGCCCCUAGUAUAGCCAAUGCCUUUAUGGCCCAAUGGGAGGAAUCGGCUAUUUACGAACACAUGCCGGCAGAGCUAAUCCUGUACAAACGCUAUAUAGAUGAUGUUAUCAUUCUAUGGAAUGGCAAUAAAGCAAGUCUGGAGCAUUUUAUGGAAACCUUGAACAAAAAUGAGAAAAACAUCAAACUUGUGUGGAAAAUAGACACCAAAGAGGUGGACUUUUUGGAUUUGAAUGUAUCACUUGAAGGCAAUAGAAUCAUUACCAAAACCUACUUCAAAACGGUUGACACCAAUAGCUAUCUGUCAGUAGAAAGCUGCCAUCACAAACCUUGGCUCUACAACAUCCCGAAAGGGCAACUAGUCAGACUAAAGAGAAACUGCACCAAGGAGGAAGACUUCAACGAGCAGGCCCAAUUUAUCGGAAAAAGAUUUGAGGAUAAAGGGUAUGAUAUAUCCUGGCUAAAGGAACAAGUAAUUAAUGUACAAAAAUUGGACAGAAAACAUAUGCUGGAGAAUAAGACGGCCAACAAAGUACCGCCAAACAAUGGAGCACCAAGCCUCAUACUAGACUACAAUGUUCAGCAUAAAGAAAUCAACAAACUCAUCCAACGGCACUGGCAUGUGCUAUUGGGAGAUAAAGAUCUGCAGACAAUUCUCCCCAAGAAACCUAAUAUAAUAUAUAAACGAGCUCCUACUUUAAGAGAUUUAUUGGUCAAAUCGGAUGGCUUCAGAGGUGCUUCUAGUCCUUCCAGACUGGCCUUGUCAACCCGGUACAGCUGGUCAUGGACACCCUCUGGUAAAUGCUACUUAAAGAGGACCUUGUGUCCUAAGGACCAAUCUACCACCCUUGCCAUCUCUGGCUUUGACAGCAUGGCUAUUAAAGUCAAGGGCCCAGAUUCAGAGUCUUAUGUUGUGUGUGAACCAGCUGAACAUUACUAUAUUUUUAAUGCAAGCAAUAUUGGAAUGCAAGUCAUUAUUCAGUUAAAACCAAUAAUGCAGCUGUAUAUAGUUCUGGACCCUUCCUUUAAAAAUCAGUCUUGUGGACUUUGUGGAAAUUUUAACGGCAUCCAGAGGGAUGACAUGAAAACUAUAAGUGGAGUGAUUGAGGGCACAGCACCAGCUUUUGUUAAUACGUGGAAAGUAUCCGCCUUGUGUCGAAAUAUUGAUUAUGUCUUCGAAGACUCAUGUGCUAUUAAUGUGGAGAGUUCUGAGUACGCAAAGUUUUGGUGUGAACAAAUUUCUGAUCCAAAUGGGGAUUUCAGCCCAUGUCAUGGUGCAGUGGAACCACUAGCAUAUAAGCAGAAGCUUCAUACUAACCUUUUGAAAUGUAUACAACAAUAUCGAGCCCUUCCCACUAAAUCAAGCGCUUGUGAGAACUGUAUCGCGGACACCUGCAGUUGUGCAAAGCUAGAAGACUGUAUGUGUGCUGCAAUUUUAUCAUAUGUUAAGAUUUGUGCUGCAAAAGGAGUUUUUCUAAGCAAUUGGAAGCUCUCUCCAUGUGCAUGUGUACCACCAAUGGUAUUUGCUAAUUGCAGUACUUCAAAUACUGGAGCAGAAUGUGCUAAAAGUUGUCAAACUCUGGACAUGCAGUGUUAUUUAACUAGAUGUGUCCCAGGGUGCGUUUGUCCACCUGGGCUGGUGUCUUAUGAGAAAGGAGGAUGCAUUCCUGAAGAUCAAUGCCCAUGUUAUCACAACACAGCUGCAUAUAAAUCUGGAGAAGAGAUUCAAAUCAGAUGCAACACUUGUGUUUGCAAAAAUCGGCAAUGGAAAUGUACAACACGCACUUGUCUGGCAACAUGUAUUGUGUAUGGAAAUGGACAUUACAUCACAUUUGAUGGCAAACGAUAUAUCUUUAACGGUGAAUGCCAAUAUACUCUUGCACAGGACCAAUGCUCCCUGAGUAAAAACACCAGCACUGUCAGGAUCGUCACACAAAAUGUCCCUUGUGGUAACAUGGGUGCAACCUGCUCUAAAUCUAUUAAGGUUUUCCUGGAGGAUUAUGAACUUAUCCUUGUUGAUGAUCAUCUUAACGUAGCACAAAGUGGUACAGACUCUGAAGUUCCAUACAGAGUGCGAUUAAUGGGCAUCUACUUAGUUAUUGAGACCAAAAAAGGCUUGCUGAUUUUCUGGGACAAGAAAUCUAGCAUUUUUAUUAAAGUUACUAGCGAAUACAAAGGGACACUUUGUGGGUUAUGCGGAACCUACGAUGAAAAUCGAAAUAAUGAUUUUACUACACGCAACAAUGCUGUUGUUGCAAAUACAGAAGAGUUUGCAAACAGUUGGAGGUUGUCCCCGACUUGUGCUGUAGGCACAGUCUACCGAGAUGCUUGCUCACUAAAUCCAUACAGAAAUGCUUGGGCAAAUAAAAAAUGCAGCAUCAUAAACAGUGAGGUCUUCUCAACUUGCCACACUCACGUUGAUCCGUCAAAUUAUUUUCAUGCAUGUGUCUCAGACUCAUGUGCUUGUAACACUGGAGGGGACUGUGAGUGCUUUUGCACAGCUGUUGCUGCCUAUGCCCAAGCAUGUGGAGAAUACAAUAUAUGUGUUCCCUGGAGAAGUCCAUCUAUCUGCCCUCUCUUUUGUGAUUACUACAACUCCAAAAGUGGUCAGGACUGCGAGUGGCAUUAUAGGCCAUGUGGUGCUCCCUGCCUGAAGACUUGCAGGAACCCAAUGGGGACAUGUUAUUAUGAAAUACGAGGUUUAGAAGGUUGUUACCCAGAAUGCCCAAAGGACAGACCAUAUUUUGAUGAGGAUGAAAUGAAAUGUGUUGCAGCAUGUGGCUGCUAUGAUAAAGACAGAAAACACUACCAUUUAGGAGCCUAUGUUCCUAGUAGGAAAAACUGUGAUUAUUGGUAA